AGGAGGGCUUCACCUGUUGCUGUGGUGGUCUUGGUGCUGUGGAACCAGUGCUGGUCAUGACUCAAUGCCAACAUUAAUUUAUAUGCUGUGAGGAGACCAACAUCUGGUGGAUUCUAUUUUUGUGCCCAACCAUGUUCCACUUGAUCAAGAAAGAUAAAGACAAGGAGAAGGAUGGAAUAAAAAAGGAGAAGAAGGAGAAGAAAGAGAAAAAAGAGCGAAUGUCUCAAGCCGAGCUGAAGAGCCUAGAGGAAAUGAGCGUGAGGAGAGGUUUCUUUCAUAUUCAUCGAAGCAGCUCUAAACGGGAGGCCAAAGGAAAACUGGAGAUUUCCAGCCCUAUUCCCAUCAAGGUGGUCCGAAACACAGAGCUCAGCCUGACAGACGGGGACCUUAGGAAACUCUAUACUCAGGGUACCAUAACACCUGCGGGCUCCAGUGAUGACAUUAAGAUGGUCCAAGACAUCCGCCAGUCAUCCAUCAAAGAACAGGUACUCAAAUACGACUCCAUGACGAAGCAGAAUUCCCCAGUCGAACAAAUCUUGAAGCGGUUUUCUUUCUCAAUGAAGAGCAAAGAUGAAAGCCCUUCAGGGUCAACUGCACCAUCAGGGCAGAACUCCACCAUUCCCUCACCCCAGGUAGAGGUCAAGGUCUUCAAUCCCCCGCCUCUAUAUACACCUCACCAUCCCACCAGCCCUGCAAAGAGCAUCCAAGUCCCAGAGAUAGUGGACCGAACGUUCCCAGCAGACUUGUCCUUGCCUGCUGUAGCACCUCCGCAAAUUCCUGCACCAAGAGAGUUGGAAAUUCAGCGCCGCAACACGGGCGAUUUCGGUUUUUCCCUUCGUCGUACCACCAUGGUGGACCAGCGGCCCGACGGGUCGCUCUACCGAAAGGUGGUCCACUUUGCCGAGCCUGGUGCUAGGAAUAAGGACCUGACUCUGGGGCUGGUGCCAGGCGACCGUCUGGUAGAGAUCAAUGGGAGGAACGUGGAAAGUAAAAGCAGGGAUGAGAUCGUGGAGAUGAUCAGGCAGUCUGGAGACACAGUACGUCUGAAGGUGCAGCCCAUCGUGGAGUUGAGUGAGCUGAGCCGCUGUUGGUUGAGGAACACCAGAGGCCCGUACCAUGAUGUUUACGAGGUGAAAGAUGAAAAUGUCCCAGGUGCAAAAAGUUCGAAUUCGGAUGGUGAGAACAGUAUGAGUCAGUCUCAGACAGCAGUAAGUGGCUCAACCGAACGAUACCGGGGUGAACCAUCAACAGCGUUGAAUCCAGAGCGGCCACUGACUCUAGACCAGAGAAGCAGCGACUCCAUGAACGGACGACAUGGCAGCGUUGAGCCUGACACAUUGACGAGGAGAGGACUGAACCUGGCUCACAAAGCAGGGUCAGAGGAAAAGCCUUCGACAGCCACUUCAGUCCCCAAAACAAGCCGUCCACUGCAAGCUGGCAGCUCUGUGGAUGGAGAUGCCCUCUCUGUUGGGUUGACCAGCCUAAUGGGCCGUGCAAGGACUAAAGAGCAUCGCUCUCGCUUGAGAGCUGCCGAACACAAAGAAACUCAAGAGGAAAGCAAAGAAAGGACUGGUGAAAGCGAGACCCCCUCAGAAGAACCCCAACCAUCCACCCCUGCAAUCAGUCCACCUCCUAGACUUGACCCUCUUGCCCCUCCGGUUGGCUUUUUACCUUCUAAGCCAAAUCCUCUUACCCCUGCUGCUGGAUUCCUUCCAGUCACCAAGCCUGAUCCAUUUGCUCCACCUGCUGGUUUCAUUCCAGCUCCUAAACCAAAUCCUUCUGCUCAACUUACACCCAAACCUGAUCCUCUGGUACCGCCGGUGGGAUUCGUUCCCACCCCAAAGCGAGACCCUUUUGCUCCGGUGGCAGGAUUUAUCCCCAAGCCUAAAGUUGAUCCAUUAGCACCCCCUGCAGGCUUUAUUCCUGUACCACGGUCCAUUGCUGUACGAAAGCCUGAGGUGAAGGAGGUUUCAAAACCUUCUCCUGCUGGAAAACUUCCAUCCCAGGUUUCCACUAUCGCCAACCAACAGGGAUCUCCAGUGAUGCCCACCCAAGGGAAUCAGGCCAAAGCAGCUGAAGAUCCUGUGGCUAUCCUGCAGGCUGCACAUGAAGCUGCCAGUCUGACUAAGGUGAAGACGGAGGAGCAGCUUGCUGCAGAGAAGGCCUGGUAUAACACUGAGAAAGUCUGGCUUGUCCAUAAAGAUGGCUUCUCUUUGGCUACACAGCUCAGGACAGAGAUGGGUUCUCUCCCAGAGGGGAAAGUGAAGAUCAGAUUGGAGCAUGAUGGGACAGUACUGGAAGUGGACGAGGAUGAUGUGGAGAAGGCAAAUCCUCUAUCAUAUGAUCGGGUGGAGGAUCUCUCCUCUCUUCUGUACCUCAACGAGUCCAGCAUCCUUCACAGCCUUCGUCAGCGCUAUGGUGGAAACCUCAUUCACACCUAUGCUGGGGCAAAUCUUCUGGUGAUCAAUCCUCUCAACACCCCUGCCUUGUACUCAGAGAAGGUGAUGCAGAUGUUUAAAGGCUGCCGGAGGGAGGAAACAGCUCCUCACAUUUUCGCUAUUGCUCAGUCGGCAUAUCAUCAGCUGCUGACCACACGUCAGGAUCAGACCAUCGUGCUUCUGGGCAAGAGUGGCAGCGGAAAGACCACUAACUGCCAGCACCUGCUACAGUACCUGGUCACCAUCGCAGCCGGCAGUGGCAAGGUGUACUCAGCUGAGAAAUGGCAGGCGGUCUACACGGUUCUGGAGGCGUUCGGGAAUUGCACCACAGCUAUGAAUGUGAACGCCAGUCGCUUCUCACACAUAGUCUCUCUUGACUUCGACCAGGCAGGACAGGUGGCCUCUGCCUCUGUUCAGACCAUGUUGUUGGAGAAGUUCAGAGUGACCAGACGACCAGAAGCAGAAACAAGCUUCAAUGUGUUUUACUAUCUGAUGGCUGGAGCAGAUGCAGCUCUAAAGACUGAACUUCAUUUUAAUCACUUUGCUGGGAACAGUGCAUUCGGGCUCCUCCCUCACUCGAAGUCCGAGGACAAGCAGAGAGCCGCUCAGCAGUUCACUAAGCUACAGGCUGCCAUGAAGGUCCUGGGCAUCUCUGCUGAAGAACAGAAAACCGUAUGGCUGAUCUUAGGGGCCAUAUACCACCUCGGUGCUGCUGGGGCCACCAAAGCGGGCCGAAAGCAGUUUGCCAGGCACGAGUGGGCACAAAAAGCAGCGUAUCUCCUGGGCUGCACACUAGAAGAGCUGUCAUCUGGCAUCUUUAAAACGCAAGGCAAGAGCACACUUCCACGCUCCUCAAGUGUCCGGCAGAGUACGGAUGAUACGGAUAGCUCAGUGUCUAAAGCAACAGCAGCUGAGUGUUUGGAGUUCAUGGCGUCUGGUUUAUACUCUGAGCUUUUCACACUCAUUAUCUCUCUCAUUAACAGAGCGCUGAAGUCCAGUCAGCAUUCUCUCUGUUCUCUGCUGAUUGUGGACACACCAGGGUUCCAGAACCCUCGGCAGGUGAAGAACCAGCGCGGGGCCACGUUUGAGGAGCUCUGCCAUAAUUACGCUCAGGAACGUCUGCAGACCCUGUUCCAGGAGCGAACAUUCGUACAGGAACUGGAGCGUUAUAAAGAGGAGAACAUUGAGAUCACAUUGGAUGAUUUGGAGCCGAGCCCUUCUCGCUCAGUAGCUGUGGUUGAUCAGUCCUCCAGUCAGACCCUGGUACGUACUCUGUCCCGGACAGAUGAGGCCAGAGGUCUGUUCUGGCUGAUGGAGGAAGAGGUUGUGCAGCCGGGAGGGUCCGAGGAAACACUCCUGCAGCGACUCUUCAGUUACUAUGGCCCUGCAGAGGGAGAGAGCACAGGUCACACAGUGGUGCUAAAAAGUGAAAACACACAUCACUUCCUGCUGGGCCACAGUCACGGGACAGAUUGGGUGGAAUAUGACACACUUGGAUGGCUGAACCUAGCCAGGCUAAAUCCCACCCCCCAGAACGCAGCCAAUCUUCUGCAGAACUCCCAGAAGAAGAGCAUCAGCGGGAUGUUUGUGGGCCGCUCCAGCAGUGUUGCGGUUUUGAGCGGCUCCAUCGCCGGACUGGAGGGCGUCUCUCAGCUCGCCAUGCGUCGGGCCACCAGCAUGAGGAAGACCUUCACCACAGGCAUGGCAGCCGUCAAAAAGAAGUCUCUCUGUCUUCAGAUUAAACUACAAGUGGAUGCACUGUUGGACACUGUGCGCAGAUCCAGGGUUCACUUUGUCCAUUGUCUAUUACCCCGAGCUGAGGUUAUGAGGGCAACAGGGUCCCCAGAGGAGAGCUGUGACCCUGGACUCAUGCAGAUAGAUGUGGCUUUGCUCAGGGCCCAGAUCCGUGGCUUCAAGUUGCUGGACAGCUUGAGGAUUUACAGACAAGGUUACCCUGAUCACAUGGUCUUCUCUGAGUUCAGAAGACGCUUUGACGUUUUGGCCCCUCAUCUGACCAAGAAACUGGGCCGAAACUACAUCGUGAAGGAUGAGAAACGAGCAGUAGAGGAGCUUUUGGAGUCUUUGGAACUGGAGAAGAGCAGCUAUCACAUGGGCCUCAGCAGGGUGUUCUUCAGGGCUGGAACGGUGGCUAAACUAGAGGGACAGAGGGAUGAACACACCAGACAGAACAUCACGCUGUUCCAGGCCGCCUGCAGGGGCUUUUUGUCUCGACAGGCCUUCAAAAAGAGAAAGAUCCAGGAUUUGGCCAUCCGUUGUGUCCAGAAGAACAUUAAGAAGAAUCGGGGUGUGAAGGACUGGCCCUGGUGGAAGCUCUUCACCACAGUACGACCUCUAGUAGAGGUUCAGCUCACUGAAGAACAGAUUCGUGGAAAAGACGAGGAGAUCAUGCAUCUGAAGUUGAAGCUGGAGAAGGUGGAGAAGGAAAGAAAUGAGCUACGGCUGACCUCGGAUCGUCUGGAGAGCAGAAUCACAGAGCUUACGGCAGAGCUUUCAGAUGAGAGAAACACUGCGGAGUCGACGUCCCAGCUGCUGGAGACAGAAACAAGCGAGAGAUUGCGUUUGGAGAAGGACAUGAAGGACAUGCAGGUGAAGUUUGAUGAUGUGAAGAAACAGAUGGAGUCCAUGGAGAUGGAGAUCAUGGAGGCCAGACUCCUCCAAGCAUCAGAAUUCAAUGGCGAGAUGGACAAUGAUGGCGAUGAUUCUGGAGGUGAAUGGAGACUGAAAUAUGAACGCGCCAUCAGAGACACAGAAUUCACAAAGAAAAAACUUCAGCAGGAGAUGGAUGACAAGGUGGAGACAGAACAACAGAACAAGAGACACUUGGAGAGAAAAUUAACGGACUUGCAGGCUGACCACGAGGAGUCCCAGCGAUCAGUCCAGCAGCUGAAGAAGAAAUGUCAGCGGCUGGCAGCUGAGCUCCAAGACACCAAACUGCACUUGGAAAAUCAAGAGGGACGCAACCAUGAGCUGGAGAGAAAGCAGAGGAAGUUUGAUGUGGAGAAGAACCAGUUUCACGAGGAAUUACAGAAGGAGAGGAACCAGCGGGAGAAACUGGGCAGAGAGAGAGAUAUGCUAACUGGCGAGUUGUUUACAAUUAGACAACAGCUACAGGAGAAGGACACAGAGCUGUGUACAGUCAGUCUGAAGGUAGAGCAGCUGGAAUCCGAGCUGCAGGAUCUCUCUUCUCAGGAGUCAAAAGAAGAGGCAUCACUCGCAAAGGUUAAGAAGCAACUGCGGGAUCUGGAAGCAAAGGUCAAAGAUCAAGAGGAGGAGCUUGAUGAACAGGCUGGAACCAUUCAGAUGCUGGAACAGGCUAAACUCCGUUUGGAAAUGGAGAUGGAACGAUUGAAACAAACGCACUCUAAAGAGCUGGACAGUAAAGAUGAGGAUGUGGAGGACAUCAGACUGUCCUGCAGUAAGAAGCUGAAGCAAAUGGAAGUGCAGUUAGAAGAGGAAUAUGAAGAUAAACAGAGAGUUCUGAGAGAAAAGAGAGACCUGGAGUCCAAACUGAUGAUGGCACAGGAACAGAAGGUUGGUCAAAGGGAUGUAGAGACAGAGAAACGUCUCAGGAAGGAUCUGAAGCGCACAAAAGUUCUUCUGGCUGAUGCACAGAUGAUGCUGGACCACCUAAAGAGUAAUACGCCCAGCAAAAGAGAGAUCAUCGCACUCAAAAAUAAGUUGGAGGAGUCAGAGUUUGCCUGCGCAGCCGCAGUUAAAGCACGGAAGUCUAUGGAGCUGGAAAUUGAAGAUCUUCAUAUACAGAUGGACGAUAUCACCAAAGCAAAGAUGGCUCUGGAGGAGCAGAUAAGUCGUCUGCAGAGAGAGAAGAACGACCUGCAGUCUCGCUUUGAGGAGGAUCAGGAGGACAUGAAUGAACUCAUGAAGAAACACAAAGCUGCUGUGGCUCAGUCUACAAGAGAUCUGGCACAGAUCAGUGACCUACAGGCCCAGGUGGAGGAGGCCAUGAAAGAAAAACAAGAGAUCCAGGACAAGCUUCACUCCCUGCAGUCACAGCUUGAAUUUCAGGAACAGUCUAUGGUGGAGAAAUCGCUGGUCAGCCGCCAGGAAGCCAAAAUCCGUGAACUAGAGACCAAACUAGAAUAUGAGCGGACCCAGACCAAACGUCUGGAGUCUCUUGUCACAAGGCUGAAGGAAAACCUGGAGAAGAUGACUGAGGAACGAGACCAGCGUAUUGGCAGCGAAAACCGGGAGAAGGACCAGAACAAGCGCAUGCAACGGCAGAUCCGAGACAUUAAGGAAGAGAUGACUGAACUGUCUAAGAAAGAAGCAGAAGCCAGUCGCAAAAAACAUGAGCUGGAAAUGGAUAUUGAAAGUCUGGAAGCAGCCAAUCAGAGCUUACAAGCAGAUUUGAAGUUGGCCUUUAAGCGGAUUGGGGACCUGCAGGCUGCUAUGGAAGAUGAAAUGGAGACGGAUGAUGAUGAUGACCUCAUCAACAGUUUACAGGACACGGUGACAAAGUAUCAGAAAAGAAAGAACAAAACUGGAGAUGAAUCGGAUAUGGACUCUGAGGUGGAGGACCGCGUAGAUGGGGUGAAGUCAUUGCUCUCCAAGAGCAAAGGAUCUGCCAAGACACUCUCUGAUGAGGGUCCCCAGAAGACCACCAGAUACACCAAUGCUGCUAAUGCAGAUGUGAAAGAUAUAAAAGAAGGGAAAGAGGGAAAAGAGGGGAAGGAGGAAGUAAAAAAAGAUUCAGAUGAGAGCCGUUCAUUGUCUGUGAUGAGCUCGCUCAGCUACAGGAAACGUUCCCACCAGAAGGACUGGAACGGAGGUGCAGGGGAUGAUAGCUCCCUCUUCAGUGCCCUUCGGGAGCAGCCGGACAUGCCUGACAGAUUGUCGUUGCGCAAAGCUAAAAGCAAAUCCACAGAGAGGCCUCAGACUGGUGAUGACCUGGAUGACCGAGGUUCAGUGAUAUCCCAGGCGUACUCUGAGGCUGCCAGUAGGGCCAGGAAAGGUCUAGAUCGUCGCUGGACCAAAAGCAGUCCAGAAUUUGACAAAGAGUCUAUGGUGUCCUCACUUGCCCCGAGCCGUGCUUCCACACGGCGUGGGAUAGACCAAGAUGAUGAUGCUCAGUCUGGUGUGAGCAGCUUCAGCUUGCGACGUAGUACUUCUUGGAUGGAUGACAGUCGCAGUGAUUACGGGCCGACAAGUACCAGUAUGAGUCGACGAUCUAGAAGCCGAAGUCCUGGAAGCACCAGCAUUGGCUCACGAAUUUCCCUGGCCCGCAGCACCCGACUUAGCGAGUUUGGAGUUCGUUUGAAUAAUGAUGGUGUUGAUGAUGAUGAUGAUGUUGACUCUGUGAGUGUGGCCGCAUACAGUCCACACUCAGUGGGCCGUAGUCUGUCCACUCCCGCCCAGCUACGCUCUUCUGAGAACCCACUGGACACCUCUGACGUUAAACCUGUGAGCCACCGCAACUACCUUGACCCAGAGCUCGAAAAAGCCAUUAAUGAAGUCCUGAGCUUCAAGCCAAUUAAAUUUAAACGCCGCAGCUUAGAAGACUCAGGUGAAGAAGAGGAGGGAGGUGGUGAUCCAGGAGAGGAAGAAGAUAGGAAGAGCAUCAAGAGUUUGUUGCAAGACAAGGACGAUGAAGGUCUGGGCCUUAGCGGGUCCAGUAUGAGACGCUCCACUUCAGGUUUUGCUGUAGAUUCUGGACGUUCUGGAAGCUCAAUGAGUUCCUUCAGCUCCAAGAGCAGCAAAAAGAAGAACAAGAAGAAGAGCAGGCGCUCUGAGUCUGACAGCUCCUCCAACGAGGGUCAUACUCGGCGGCAUUCCAGACAGAAAGAAAAGAGAAGAUCCAAAAGCUCAAGAAAGAAAGAAUCUGGAUCGUCCAAGUCUGAAUCUGACUCUGAAUCAUCAUCUUCAAGCUCUGCAUCAACAGUUUCUUACCGCAGCUCAAACAGCGUGAAGAGAAACCCAGGACAGAAAGACUCCGAUGGGGGUCCGGAAAGUCCUGAUGAAGAACGACCCCCAAGCAAAAAAGAAAUAAAGAAACAGAAGAAGAAAGUGGAUAGUCUGGUUAUGAAGUAUCUCUAUAAGCCUGACAGUGAUUAAGGAUCAUUAACAGACUCCUACUCUACAGACCACACUCAGUGCAUGAUGAAGACAACACUGGACCAGAGAAUGACACUACACAAACUGAAAGUUCUAUCCUUAAAGACAGCAAUGGUGAUGGUCAACCUUCGGAAAGCGCUGCGUA